GGAGGUGAGUCCGGGAUUGGACGCACUGAGGGUGGCUGGAAGCUUCCCGAACUUACCGAGCGAAGCGAGGUGAGUUCGGGAAACUUCCAGCCACCCGAGGUGCGUCCAAUCCCGGACUCACCGAACCUGCAAGUACGUUUGGUUUUUAUCCCAUACACCGAGCCAUACACACAUUUGUAGCUCUUCGCGAUAUAUUCGUCGAUGUUUUGUGAACAUUUUCCCGGCCAAAAAAAUCACUGGGCAAGAAAAUACUUCUUUAUCUACGUCUACAUUACCUUACUGCAUUUUAUCUUUGGUUUUUCUUCAGACACGUGCUCUCGAGCUGAGCGGACGUGUAUUUUCUCGACCAGAAUUUUAUUGUGAAUUUGCUCGAAUUGUGUUUUAAAUUAUACAUAUAUCUUAUAACAACUAAUACUGAUGACUAGACUUGAGUCUUUACAAAAAGAAAAUCAAGCACUCCGAAGUGAGAUUGCUGAAUUAAAAGAGAGUCUACAAAAAGUGUCUAACGAUUUAUCCUCGAAGACGAAGAGCCAAAAUGGCCGACAAAAUGAAAAGAAUUGUCACCAGAUAGAGCUAAUUCAGUUGAGUUUAUGUCUAGCAAAUAUGAUGAGCUCUAUUCGUUCAAAAAGGAAGCUAAUAAGCAGAUUCAAGAUCUUACUGCUAAAGUAAAUAAGAUAUCGGAAAAAUGUGAACGUAUUGCGAAAUUUAUUGAAGAAUCGGAAGCUUAUAGCUAUCAGUACAACAUCAAGAUUGUCGGUGUCCCAGCAGUAGCUGAGAGGGAAACUGCUCAACAGACUGCCGAUCUACGUAUUAAAUUAUUCACUGCACUGGGAGUUGAAGAUGUUUCGAUAAGUGAUAUUGAUACCGCACAUCGGGUGCCAUCACGUUUGGCAUCAAGUAGACCAAAGGCUAUAAUAUGCAAGUUUGUGAGACGACUCGCUAAAGACAAGGUCAUGGCUGCCAGAAGAGCUGUAGGUAAGUUGAAUGCAGAACAGCUGCAGUAAGAAAGCAGUGCAGAUGUAAAUUAUAUCAGUUUAUAUGACCAUCUAACCCCGAGAAUCCAAGAGCUAUUGUACAAAAGCAAACAGACCAGAGCUGCCAAGAACUAUAAAUAUUGCUCAUGGGCGAAGAAUGGCUUCGUGUACCUGCGAAAGACAGAUACUUCGCCAGCGAUAAAACUGAAAAACUUAGAAGAGCUAGACGAAAUAGCAACGUCAAACUAGAUAAGUAUUUAUUCAUAUACAAAUAUCCUGAUUAAUGUGUUAAAACCCUACAACUAUGCCUAUGGAGACACGUAGAAUUAAGUCUAAAGAGAAGGCUGCUAAAUUAUUAUUAAAAGAACUCCCCUUUUAUAACUUUAGAGGCGAUUUAGUAUCAUGCCUUGGUCAGUUUAAUAACUCAAUCCCUAUUACUUGCCAACCUAGGAAAAAUUUAGAUAAAUUAGCUGGCCUAUAUGACUUGAAUAUUUUUGAUUUUAACAAUGAUUUAGAUAAUGCUCUGAGGAGCAAUCAUAAUAUUCAUAGCCAAUGCAUCCAAAGCCGAUAUUUUUCUGUGCAUAGUUUUAAGAAGUUUGGCAAAAAGCUUUCCGAAAAUGAGAUUCAGACUAGUUUCUCGAUAUUUCAUAAUAAUAUCGUGAGCGUAAACCGAAACCUAGAAAACUUGACAGUUCUAUUAGAUGAACUUAAUUUCCAUUUUAGCAUCAUUGGAAUAACAGAAACUAAAAUUACAAAUUCAAAUGAGAGCAAUUUUCAUCCGACCAUCCCAGGUUAUUGUUUUGAACAUGUGCCAACACCACUGGCUUCCGGAGGCGCUGGUUUGUUUAUUGAAUCAUCGCUAAAUUAUAAUGUUCUUGAAAAGACCAGUAACACGGCAUUUCAAGCAUUGUGGAUUGAAAUACCGUUUGUCAAUCACAAAAAUAUUGUGUGCGGAAUAGUCUAUCGACAACACAAUUCUCCUGAAUAUUUUCAAAAAUAUUUUGAAGAUAAAAUUGAGGAAUUGGUGUCUAGUGAUAAGGUAAUUUAUAUCAUGGGUGAUUUUAAUGUGGACCUUCUUAAAUCUGAAAAAUCUCAGAUAAGUCAUGAUUUUUUAUUAGCAUUGCAAAGCUGUUAUCUCAUUCCAACAAUUGACAAGCCCACACGUGUUCGUACAACUUCUGCUACGUUAAUUGAUAACAUUUUCAUUAAUAACCCGGAUAAACUACUUACUAGUGGAAAUAUUAUCUCUGAUGUAAGCGAUCAUUUUUCACAAUUUUGUAUCACAACAGAUGCAAAGGAUAAAACCAUAAAAAGAAAUAGUGCUAAAAUACGUGACUACUCGGGAUUCUCAGUUGAAAAGUUUAAUAAUGAUCUUUCUCAAGUUGACUGGGAUAAGCUGGGGGAAUCCAGAAACGAUGUGAAUAAGUUGUUCUCUACAUUUUAUAACAAGUACAAUAAAAUUGUCAAAAAGCAUGUGCCUAUUAAAAAAAUGUCAAAUCGUAAAGCAAAACAAUUAUCUAAGCCUUGGAUCACCAAAGGAAUUAAAGCGUCGAUUUCAAUUAAAAAUAAAUUGUACGCUAUAGGUGAUAAUGAAAGAUAUAGACGUUAUAGAAAUAAAAUUUACAGCUUGAUAAGGUUAAGUAAGAAGACAUAUUAUCAGGAGUACUUCACACAUAACAUAACAAAUAUGAAAAAAACUUGGGAAGGAAUUAAUGAGAUACUUUAUCGUCGGAGGAAGACUUCUAAGACCAUAAGUUCUCUUAAGGAUCUAAAUAAUAAUGGUAAAGUCAUUAAUGAAGCCUCGCAAUUUCCUCACAUUAUAAACCAGCAUUUUGCUACAGUAGGUAGCAAACUUGCUAGUAAAUUGCCAUCUUCACACCAUCAUUAUCUUGACUAUGUUAGUAAUUGCAAAUCUCCAGCUUCAUCCUUUUAUCAUCAACCUGUCUUACCUGAGGAUAUCAAUUUAGAAAUAUUAUCUAUACCAAAUAACAAAUCAUAUGGCUUAUAUUCCUCACCCACUAAUUUACUCAAAUGUUCAAGAGCUAUCAUAUCUCCUAUACUCUCAGAGAUACUUAACACAUCUAUUAAAUCAGGUAUUUACCCCACAAAACUCAAAAUUGCAAAAAUCAUUCCAGUUCAUAAAGGUGAGGACGAAACGGAUGCAAGUAACUGCGGACCUAUUUCUUUGUUAUCUGUCUUUAAUAGAAUCUUUGAGAAGAUUGUAUACAAAAGAAUGGUGAGCUAUAUUGAAAAACAAAACUUGUUGUAUUCUUCUCAAUAUGGCUUUCGUAAUGGACACUCUACUCAACAUGCAAUAUUGUAAUUAUUAAAUGAUAUUCAAACUAAUAUGAAUAAGAAGUUAUUCUCUUGUGGAGUCUUCAUAGACCUAAAAAAAGCAUUCGAUACAGUUGAUCACAAUAUUUUACUUAAUAAACUUAACCAUUACGGCUUCCGUGGAAUAAUUAAUGAUUGGUUCUCUUCGUAUUUAAAAAAUCGCACACAAACAACACAGGUUGGUCAAAAUAUAUCAAAUAAUGUCGAG